UCAUAUAUUAUUAUUACAACGAAUUGAAGUUUCUCUCUGUCUGUCUGUCUGGCUGGCCCUCUUUCUAAUGGACAGGUUUUUGGGAGUUGCAGCUCUUAUCUGUAUGCUGAGCCAAUCAGUGAUCAGCGCGGAGGAGCAGUGUGAUAUCUCCCAAGGAAGUUGGGUUUACGAUGAUUAUUACCCCUCCUAUAAUUCAUCAAAGUGUCCCUUCAUACAGAAGCAAUUUAAUUGUGUGGCCAAUGGAAGACCAGACAGAGAUUACUUCCAAUUUAGGUGGCAACCCUUUGACUGCAGAAUACAAAGAUUUUUUGAGAGAGAUUUUCUGACGUUAUUGAGGGGGAAGAGGGUGAUGUUCGUAGGGGAUUCAUUGAGUAACAAUCAAUGGCAGUCUCUCACAUGUAUGCUUAGCGAAGCAGAAUAUAAACCAGGUUCUGACUAUGCUUUAACCAGAGUCGGAGAAGUUUCUAAUUUCACAAUCCCAAGUUUCAACCUUUCCAUCUUUUACCACCGGCGCAUGUUUAUUGUUGAUCUUGAUAAGGAAAACGGCGAGAGAAUAUUGAAGCUUGACUCCAUUAGUGAAGGUUCCCGGUGGAAGGAGAUGGACCUGCUCAUCUUCGACACUUGGCACUGGUGGCUUCACAGCGGCCGGAAACAAGCAUGGGAUUUGGUCAAAGAGGGAAACGUGACAUACAAAGAUGGGGAUCGAAUAGUUUUAUAUACAAAAGCACUUAAAACUUGGGCAAAAUGGGUCGACUCAGACGUAAACACCACAAAGACCAAAGUGUUCUUCCAAGGAGUUUCGCCUGACCAUUGGGAAGAAGGUGUCCAAGGAUCGAAACCGAAGACCUGCGAAGGAGCAAAAAAACCAAACUAUGAUGCAGAAACCAAACCCACAUCCCCAGCAGAAGUGGUGCUGGAGGCGGUUCUAAAAAACAUGACCAAACCGGUGUACUUGCUGGACAUUACUAGGUUGUCACGGUACAGACCAGACGGGCACCCGUCGGUUUACGGCGUGGGAGGCCACAGCAGCCCCGACUGCACUCACUGGUGCCUGCCCGGAGUCCCUGAUACAUGGAAUCAACUCUUGUACGUUGCUUUAACUGAAAUUCUCUCCAAUAAUGCCAUUAUUUCCAGUGGCACAUUCCCUGCAUUAUUCUUGACUAUUUUAUAUACAUUAUUGUUUUCGUUGUGGUGUUGAGAAUCAGAUUCUCUGAACCCAACGAGGUACAGGAAUCAAAAGCCCACUAAGAAUGUAUACUGAUUUCUAGGCUAUAAUUGCAUAGUUUCAUCUAACUUUUUAGUAUUAAAUUUAGGAAUAA